AUGCAUUGGCAUCCUGACUUUUCUCUCAUGCCAAAGGAUCAGCGCAAAGAGCCACUCAGAUUCGAUGUUGAUCCAUCCGUGCUGUCCGUCAACAAGAAGCUCGCUAGAGCAGCCUGGUAUUUCAUCCGAGAUGCCAUACAAGAUUUGGGUCCCGACAAAACUGCGCUCGGAAACAUGGAGCGGUAUCACAGGUCGCUCUAUGAUUGGAUGGAAGUCAACUACAAAGCUGGUCUUGAUGGAAAGCUCGCUCGUAGAAGUGCUUCAUGGGCCAAGACAAGUCAAGGCAUGAGGCACAUGCUCUUUGAUGAAGUUGCUGCCCAGAGCGUAAAUCAGCGCCUUCUAUGUCGCGUAGGCAAGAACUUGCCUCGGAUUCUCCGGGGGCAAGUGGCUCCAUUGGAGGUGAUGAUGGAAGGCAACUUGAUGUACGAGUUCUAUGAAAAGGCUCUGCGAUGCAACAGAUCCUACGAGCAGGUGCAAAAGUUUGUUCACAUGUACUCGAUGAAGCACCCUCGUGCCAGAGUCCUUGAAAUUGGAGGAGGUACCGGUGGAUGCAGAAGAUCAGUACUAAACGGCUUGUCUGGAGACACCCCUGAUCGUCGGCAUCGCUUUGCAUCAUACACCUUUACCGAUGUCUCGGCUGGGUUCUUCUAG